UAUUGAAGCAUUUGCUCAUCACUAUGGAACGCUUCGUUUUGGAGGAUGUGGUUGCACCGCCAACACACACUGCCGAUACACCGCUUAAAGACUGGCGGCUCAAGUAUCAGGCGGGCACAAUUCAGAAAAAUGACUUCACUGAUUUCUUUCAAAAGCAAUCACGGAAAUAUUUUCAUUACCAGUAUGAAGCAGAGCAAGACCACAUGAUUGUUAACAACAGUCGCCGAUGUUUGUCCUUUGUCAAUAGCGGCAGUGAUGGUUGUGGUUUUUUAAAUGCUACUAGGUAACAUUGGCAAUGGCAACAUGAUCUGACGAUGACACCCGCCUCCACUUUGCAUAAAUUCGUAUGCAUGUAUAUAGAUAUGUUUAAUAUCUAUAUAUAUGUAUAUCUAUGCCAAUAUGCUAAUGCAUUUCAGUUUUUUUAGUAAUACACAUGCGAUUGUGCCUUAAGUGUU